GGAUGGGACGGGGGCGGGAAGAAGGCGGCGGCGGCGGCUUCGUGUCAUUCCUUUGGCGGCGGCGGCUGCGAGUGGUAUGAAGCUGGACGCAGCCGGUGGAGAUGCCAUGUCGGGCGCAAGGCCAGGCCCGGUACAGGUCGUGCUGGUUCACAAGGAUCAGCACUCCUUCGAGCUGGACGAGAAGGCGCUGAGCCGCGUCUUGCUGCAGGAUGUCAUCCGCGACCUCGACGUGGUGGUGGUGUCCGUGGCCGGGGCCUUCCGCAAGGGCAAAUCGUUCCUCUUGGACUUCCUGCUGCGCUACCUGUACACGCAGAAGGAAGGCAGCGGCACCGAGUGGCUGGGAGACAAGGAUGAGCCCCUGACAGGCUUCUCCUGGCGAGGGGGAUCCGAUCCCGAAACCACCGGCAUCCAGAUCUGGAGCGAAGUGUUUAUUGUGGAGAAACCGAGCGGAAAGAAGGUGGCCGUUGUGUUGAUGGACACGCAGGGAGCCUUUGACAGCCAAUCGACGGUCAAGGAUUGUGCCACCAUCUUUGCGCUCAGCACCAUGACAAGUUCGGUCCAGAUCUACAACUUAUCCCAGAAUAUUCAAGAAGAUGAUCUGCAGCAGCUGCAGCUCUUCACAGAAUAUGGACGCCUAGCCAUGGAUGAGAUCUUCCUCAAGCCAUUCCAGACUCUGAUGUUCCUGGUCCGCGAUUGGAGCUUUCCUUACGAGUACCCGUAUGGCCUGGACGGUGGGAUGCAUUUCCUGGAGAAACGGCUGGAGGUAAGAUCUCACCAACACGAGGAAAUCCAGAAUGUCCGGAAGCAUAUCCAUUCCUGCUUCACACACGUCAACUGCUUCCUUCUGCCACACCCGGGCCUCAGAGUAGCCACCAGCCCGAAUUUCGAUGGACGCUUGAGUGACAUUGCAGAUGAAUUCAAAGACCAGCUGAAGCAGCUCAUCCCAUUUGUGCUGGAUCCUGCCCAGCUAUUGGAGAAGGAGAUCAACGGCUCCAAAGUGACCUGCCGGGGCUUGCUGGAGUACUUCAGGGCUUACAUCAAGAUCUAUCAAGGGGAGGACCUGCCGCACCCAAAAUCCAUGUUGUUGGCAACCGCUGAAGCCAACAACUUGGCUGCCGUCGCUUCAGCCAAGGACUUGUAUUACACCAAUAUGGAGAAGCUCUGCGGAGGGGACAAGCCGUACGUGGCGCCCGAGUUGCUGGAGGAGAAGCACCGUGUGCAGAGCGCCCUGGCCUUGCAGCACUUCCAGCGCAUCAAGAAGAUGGGGGGCAAGGAGUUCAGCCAGCGCUACGAGGAGGAGCUGGUGAAGGAGAUGAACGAGCUCUUCGAGGACCUGGCCAAGCACAACCAGAGCAAGAACAUCUUCAACAACUUCCGGACACCCGCCAUCAUCUUCAGCCUCAUCGUCUUUCUCUAUCUGAGUGCCGGCAUCACGGACUACGUGGGCCUCGGCAUCGCCGCCCAGCUCUGCAACUUCGCCGUGGGGCUGCUGCUGCUCUCCCUCCUGGCCUGGGGCUACAUCCGCUACUCGGGACAGUACCGGGAGCUGGGCGUCGUCAUCGACACCACGGCCGAGUUCCUGCUUUCCCGGGCAACCUCUGGCACACACCUUUCCCCCCAGGCCGUGGAGGCCGGCAGGCCGUCAUCCCGGAGGGCUUCUGAGGACAAGAAAGUCAAGUGAAGCCUUCAUCACGAGAGGUCCGAACGGCGCCUGCUCCGGAUGACUUGCGACAGCCUGUGAACCCAGGAAUCGCUUGCAGGGCGUCCAGACAGCAGUUCCGAACCUUUUGUGCUGGAGAGUCCCUUCACCCUCCUAUGGUUAAUCAUUCCUCUUAUUUUUAAGACCCCCUCUCCUUGUUUUUAUCUUGUGUCCCUCCCUCCUUAUUUUUUAAUGUCCUUUGCACUUUAAUGGUCUGCGUCUUGGGUGGGGCACCGCUUUAAAGUUUUCCUUUCUGUACCAGUUAGUGCCUUCCUCAGAAAAAAGAGACCAACCACAAGCGCCACGUGCUAAUCUUACGCCUUGCCUGCCUGCUCUUAAACCUCGCUUCGGGAAGUUUGGCGGUGACGGAAGCAUGUUUGCUCCCCCCGGUUCAAGAGAUUCGGCUCGACCACCCCAGAGGGCGAACUUCUGAUGUUUCAGCCCAUUCUUUGCUGAUGGGGCUUUUCCCCUGGUUCCUUUUCCCCCUGACGUGGAAGAUGCUGAAGUGGAGCGUGAAGUGUGCUGGGCCCGGUCCAAAAACAAAAGAACCUCCCGUCUGUUCCCCAGGUUCCUUGAACCUUUCUGUGCCUUUCCAAGGCUGGACAGCACCUGUAUGCCUCUGUCUGGAGGCAGGAACGCGCUCAGCCAGCCCCUGCCUUAGAAACUCGUCUCGGUAGGUUUGCAUUGAGGGCAAACAGACUCAAAUGUGUCAGUUCCUUGCGUCGCUCCCGGGUCGUUUUGUGCAGCGGUUGUUGGAUGCACCGGAGCGGAAGGCACAGCUUAAUGCCCUCUGGGUGUCGUGGGACCCGGUGUGCUCUGAUCGCAGGUGCGGGCUGGAAAAUGAAGGGUUGGUGGGUGAGUGCUUGCGGGUCGUUGGCAACUGCGGCUGUGAUCUCCAGGGCAUAUUUUCUGGGCUGGCCUCCAGGAGUCUGGAAGCCUGCAAGGUUUAAUCUCAGCAACUGCAGCUGGAGGCGUUGUUUGUCUCUCCCUGCAAAAAAUGGUACAGGCAGGUGAGAAAAUGGGACUCGUGGCCGGUGGGCCAGGGAUUCUGCGGGGCAGCUUAAGGGAGAUCUCUCUGUCAGGCGAGAUCUUUACAGGAGAAGCUCAGCAGCUGCAGAAAAAAGCCUAGGGGAUCCGUUGCCGAUGCUCCUGAAGUCAGGAAGGAAGGAUCUGGUAGGUAGGUUCACCGUCCUGGUCUUUGGAUAUUUUCUGGGAUGGAAGAGGAAGGCAACCAACAGUGCCCAUUUUAAUCCCCUGCUUUCUCAUGGAACGAAAAAGCUGCACCUUAGAAACUCCCGUCGGUGGCUGCUUGAAUCCACAGAGGUCAGGAAUGGCUUGGCUGCUGCUGCUUCUCCUAGUCAGCUCCGCUUGCUGUACCAAAGACACUUCUCUUUCUCCCAGGAAUCCUUCCUGGGUGGCUCCGUAGCUUUAUGCAGCAUGCAGUCCGCCUUCCCCUCGCCUCCGCACCUCGGCCAUCUGCCUGCUCCACGCCUUAAUAGUCCAUCCCUUCUAAGCACAAGGCAGAUACUGCCCCGCUUUCGACCAGUUGAACUGCGAGCGAGAAGCAGGGGAAAUCGGCAUGUGCCACCGGCAGUCCUCCCCUUCGUCUGAUUUCGUGACGGAGGUUUUGGGUUUACUUGAAUGGUGUGUGUGUUUACACAGGAGCAUGAAGUUCUGGAUGCGCUACAGUGGCUUCAAAGCCAAGAGAAAAGUUUGGCCCUCCUGCUUACCUUUUGCUGGGCCAUGCCAGGAAUCACUCGCCAGAUGAUUUGGACUUCAGCUCCCAGCAUUCCUGGCCUGGCUGGGAGUUGAAGGCCCAGACACCUGGAGGUGCGCCAGCGCCCACUGCAGGUGAGUUUCUGACCUGCUUGGAGGGCUGUGGCUUACCUGGCUGGGGACAUGGAAGCUUGUGACAAGCAUCUUUGCAGCUGGUUGCUGGAACUGUCUGGAGAACACACACAGGGUGCGUGUGCACAGGGGUGCAAAGCACAAGCGGUACAUUCUACAUCGUUGAACUGAACAGGGGACCUCAUUCUUUCACCCCCCCCCCAAUUUCCAGUAUCCAAGUAAUGUCAUCCUGUGUUUCCGUUGUGCCCAUAGAGAAACACUAGGUGGGAUUGUGCGAUUGCCACUCGUUGCGGUAGUUGUCUGUGAGCAACAGCACAUCUCUGUGCGUGUUUGAUGCAAUAGGCAUAAGCUGAACCUGGUCUCGGGUGUCCCACUCUCCAAACCCAGGUGGAAUGAUUUGUUGGCCGGUUAAAUUAGCCCUCCAGGAGGCCAUGGGCUGUGAUGGGGUUAUCUGUGGGUUGUGUAAGCCUCCAACAAGCCAUGCGUCCUGGUUCGAACAACAUAGCAGGAUGUAGCCAGAUGGGGAGCUGAGGGAAAGAUGUCUGGCAGAAGAACGGGCUAGAAAAAUGCCUCCAUCAAUUUGAAGCUCUAAUUGGUUCAGAAACAAUGGUUUUAUCAUUAACGUCAGAUUGGGGACCAGCUUCCUCCCCCUUUCCUGCUUUCCACAAAAUUUUGGUGGCGAUUACUGGGAGUGAAAAGAAACCACAUAUGUACUUAUGUGGUCAGGAUGUCUUAGAAGUCCUUUUUUUUUUUUUGCUGUUGGGGUGUCCGUUUCGCUCUUCGCCGAUUCAACUCCCUCCUUGACUUCGUCAUGUAUUAAAAUUUCCAGCUGGGGACCAAUGCUGCAGGGCUGUAGAUGCCAAACUGUAUUUAUAAAGCGCACACAAGCAGAAACACAUAUGCAUUUCCACUUUGCAACGGCAAAAAUAAAGACCAAGAUACUGAAGCUGA